AAAAAGAAAUUUCGAAAAUAACAAAAACGCAUUUGACAAAAAGCUUAUUCUACAUUUCGCAGUUUUCUCAAAAUUCAAAAACAAAAAAACGUUUUCUUGCAAAAUCACAUCGAUUUUACUGCAAAACUCCACUAAAUCCACAAUGUCCACAUAUUUUAAUCAUCCCUCGCGCAGCUUAAUUGAUGAACUACGUCAUAUCGCAGCGGAACUUAUGAAACUCGGGCGUGGCUUAGUCGUCACGGACGAAUCGCCAUCACAAUUAGAGCGAUUAAUGGAAAUGUUUGGUAUAAAUUCUUCGAAAGAGAUGCGCAUCCAGUACCGAAGCCUAUUAUUCUCAGUUAAGGAAUCACUUGACGAAUACGUCUCUGGUGUUGCCGUGCACCCGGAGGUAUUGGAUCAAACCACACCUAACGGUUGCGCGCUACACUGUCAGCUGCGACGCAAGAAUGUAUUGGUUGGAGUCACCGUCGAUAAGGGGCUUGUGCCAUUGUUAACUACCUACGGAGAGUACACCACGCAAGGUCUGGACGGUUUGGCUGCACGAUGUGCCGAAUAUAAGGAUUGCGGUUGCGAUUUCACCAUGUGGCGCGCACAGUUCAACAUAGGCGAGUAUUCACCUUCAUACCAGGCUAUAAUGGAUAAUGCCAAUAACCUGGCAAAGUUUGCGGCCAUCUCACAAUCGAAACGUAUGCUGCCGAUCUUGGAGGUAGAUGUAGUGCCAUCGGAUGACAAUGAUAUGGAACGUGCUGAAAAAGUCGCCGAGACAAUUUUAAUAUUCAUUUUUAAAUCACUUUGUGAUCAUCAUGUCAACCUAGAAGGCACUAUACUAAAAUUCCCAGCCUUAAACGCGGGUACGAAGUGCGUGAAACGUUAUUCGCCGGGUCAGAUCUCAAAAACAACAUUACGCUUACUGAGACAUGUCGUGCCUGCUUCAGUCGGUGGUAUCAUUUUGCAUGUGGAUGGCAAGACGGAAGAUAAGAGUCUUUGCCUGCUGAAUGCCACAGUUAUCGAUCCAACGCCCAAACCGUGGCCCAUAAUAUUCAGCUUCGAUGGCAUAUUGCAGUCUUCGAUUAUGAUGGCUUGGGCGGGUCAGUGCAAAAAUAUGCAAAAGGGUCAACAAGAGUUUCUCAAAAUGCUGGAUGCCUUUUCCAAAGCUGCUCAGGGCGCCUAUGUACCCGGUUCGAUGAAAUCACUAGCCGAUCAGUGUUACUGUAAAAGGGCUUUUAAAGCACUGAAAACGAAACCUGAUCCGCUACCCGAUGAUUGUGUUAGAUUUGAUGAAAUAUGUCGACCGCCGAUUGUUAUGCCCAUUGCGCCCACACCAGUUGCAACUGCGGAGUCGGCUGUAGUUGUCGCGAUCACCGCAAUUAAAACAGAGGAUACGGUAUUAGCUGCAACUGAGUUAGUCGAGGUCGAUCCAACAGUUAAAGUAGAGGAAGCGAAAUCGACCACGGAACCUGCACCACAGGACGCUCCAACAGAGCAAACCGAGAAUCCACCACCAGAUAGUCAGUAGAAGUGGAUUAUUAAAAGCGGAUUUACGAACAGUUACCGAUGCUUGGAAAUGGAUACCAAAAAUUUCAAAAUAAAACCGUUAUUUUUCAAUACUGAAACAAAGAAUUUUAAAUUUCUAAUUCAUAAUUCUAAGGCUCUCAAAUAUGGAACAAAUUGUACUAAAUACUU